UCAGUGAUGCUCACUUACCCAUCGUAUAAACAUUUCAGCUCCUGAGUUGGAGGGCGCAAUAUUGGGAACGCUCAUUUGUGCAAUGAUUCAGAAAGAAAGCGUCAUAUCAUGGUUCAAAAGCCUCGAUGGAGAUGAUCGUAUCGACCUCAUGUGCAAUUUAUUAGACUGCUGCCUGCCGUGGGAAAUUCGAUUUUUAGGCACGUUUAUUGAAGCCCAGGUCCAGAGAGAUUACCCGGCGUUCCGACAACCCGAGAGUACGGCGAACAAUCCGUUUGAUCUGAGCUGCCUGACAUGUUUAUACGAUGUUCAUGUCCGUCGGAGGUUGUGUGUUUCACUAGCGUUGCUGCAUUCAAGCAAUCGCCAAGCAGCUUCGGUGCUGUUUGGAAUUCUGAAUGACUUUCAGCCAUCGAGUCUGGGAGAAGAGGAAUUCUUCACUGAACUCUCACUAUUGAUCACCAUGUCCGCUCACCACCCAGCGUUCUCAUUUCAUCAAAAACACACCUUGUCUGCAAAAUUAAAACAGCUCAAACAAUCGGCAAAUCAUACAUCAGAUUUAAGCGAGACUGUCUCCGAAGCAAGCAGUGGUUCUUCGACUUUUUCGUGUGACCAAGAUGCUUCAGCAAAGAAGGAUGCUCGAGAUGAUCUUUUGUUCGAAGAAAAACAAAAGAAAGAAUCUGUGGAAGAGAAAGCCACCGUAAAUGAAAUCCUUAAGGUUGAGAGUGCAAAUGUCGGCGAUUCUUCCCUGACUAAGGAUAACACUCUUAAAGAACUUCCAGUCUUUGUGAAAGAGAUUAAAGUGCAAGGUGUGCAAGCUGUGGAGAAAAAGAGGGAAAAAAGAUCAAAACAUGAUCCAAGAAAGCGUGACGAUCAUUGUUAUGUCUUACAGGUUUCUUGGUCAGACAAUACAACAGAAACUAUACACAGGACAUAUGAGGAGAUGUUUGACUUCCAGUGCAAGCUGCGCAAAAUGUAUCCAAAUAAAGUUGAUGCAAGUGGCAAUCCUUGGAAGCUCCCUUUUUUACCUGGAAGAAUCAGAAUGUUUAACAAGCCAGAACCUAAAGGGGAAAAACUGCCCAUCCCUGAUAUUUCAGAAUAUACCAGGUUGUUUAGCAGUCUUCCUGAGUUUGUUCGAGGUUGUGAUCAUGUAGUAAAAUUUUUCCAAAGUGAAAAAAGAAUCAGGAGAAAAUCAGACAACAAAAAGAACAAGAGUGUAGCAAAAACAGAAGAACAAUCCAACUGUAAAAACAAGCAAAAUGAGUUUGAAUCACCUCAUAAAAUAGCUGAAGCUGUGCGGGAACAGUCACUUGGUAGAAAAGAUAAAGUCAAGAGUGCAGAUGUCACAAGCACAAAAAUAAAGAAAAAAACAAAUAGCGAGUCUUCUGCAGAGAAUGUUUCCAAGAACAAUGAUACUUGUAUUGUGGGGAGAGAAUCACUUGUUGACAUUGAUGAAAAUGGAAAUGAGGUUAAAUCCAUCCUUUGUGAAACCUCAAAGGAAAAGGAGGAAAGUGAAAAAUCUGUUUCCAGUGACCAACAUCACAAAAAUGGAAUUAUUAACAUGGUGCCAAUACAAACAUUGUUGCCUUCAUCAUCAUCCUUGUCAACAUCAGGAUCUCUUUUGACAUCUACACAGGUAUCUCUGCCUGUAAAACAGCCAUUUCAUUCUGCUGUUCAGCCAAGUAACAGUAUGUUACACAUGUUAAAUACUAAUGGUUAUUCACUGCCUCCAUCCUUAACAUCGCUGCAAAUAACUCUACCAUCUUCACCCAUUGCAUCUUAUCCUUCACCUUCUCCAUCUCCAAUCACUUCACCUGUCAUGUCUCCUGCCAACUCACCAUCACUUUCACAACGAUCUUGUUCUGGAAACAUAAACUGGACUUUGAGGCAACACAGCCGGGGUGUGAAUGUUUGUGAUUGGCUCAGGAAUUUGAGACUUCACAAAUACUCGGAAGUGUUUAAAGGAAAGACCUUUAAUGAGAUGUUGCAAUUUUCUGAUAAAGAUUUUGAAAAACUUGGCUUAACAGCAGGAGCAAGAAAGAAGCUUCAAAUGAACCUGGAAGUUCUUCGGACAAGAGGUUGCUUCACAUCAAAUGGUUUAACAUUGGUAGACAUUCUUCCUUCACCUUCAAGCUUUCCAGUGAACCUAGCUCAAAGUUACGGUUCAGACUGUGAGUUCCUACGAAGCGUCAGUGAAAGUGACAGUGCCAGUGACUGUGGAAGUGACAUAUUAUCUGAACCCGCAACCCAGACGUGCUCAAGUAUUUAUCCAAGGAAAUUUCCAGCCUUAAAUGGAUUCCAUGUGUCAUGCUACAACUGUGGAAGUCUUGGCCAUAUUGGUGGCCAGUGUAUGGCUCCAAACCUGGAUAAAAGAAUUCCCUCAAGUUAUGGUAUCCAUUCAAGGUAUGAUGCACAACUAGAAUGUUGAUGACAGUUCAAACAAACAAACAAAGGCAUUCAAUCAUUCUUACACUCAAACAAGAAGUUUUAUCAUCAAACAAGAAGAAAUAAAGUUCAUCAGAGGAGGAGGAGGUCAUCAAAGGGCAAAGACACAACUUGUGAUUACAUAAUGUAUAUGUCAUCUUCAGUGUACUUAACUUUUGGAGCUAAAAUACUUGGAUUGUUUGGUGAGACAAGGAAGGAAGAAACUAUCAUGGGCACAGAGGUUGAGCAUUUAGGGUGAAAAAGAAGCGUAAACAUUUCCUAUGAAGAACCUGGAAAACAGUAGAAAAAGAUGGGAGUGUGCAUAGUCCUUAAUCUUUGGCACGACAUCAGUGGUGACAGGAGUUACUCUCCCUUAAUAAUCCAAUACGGCUAAUGUAUAAUUGGUCAAAACAGGCUGCAAUGCAGUUUUAUAGUCAAGAAAAAAAGACAAAAACGAGUAAAACACACACACAUAGCAGGACUGUUCAGUCAAUGUUAAUAGCUGUGCACCUUUAACUACCAUCAAAUUGCUGUGGACUGCAACUUAAUAUUUAGCUGUGACAUUCAUUUAGAAACUGAAUUAAGGGUUACUGUAAACCAUAUGGUGAGAAGAGCAAUCACUAAAAUUGCAAUAAAUAGUUUUGUCAUAUUGAUACUAGAUGAAACAAAGCAGAGAGGUACUAAUUUAUUUUUCAAAGGAGAAUUAACUAUUGACAAUUCUUGCUCUGCAAGUGCGACAUAACAUAGAGAUUUCAAAAAGUGAAAAUGAAUAUUAAGUUCAAAUAGAUCAAAAGUUAUUUUCUUAUGCUAGAGAGUUGUCACAAUUAAUUAUUAUUUUCUAGAAGUACUUUUAAGACAUUGAAAAGGGGUAGAAGCAUGAAUUAUUGCUCAGCUCUGUUAGCGCCAUGCAGAGAAGAGGUCUAACAGUAAAGUCCUAAUACAGCUGACAAUCUUGUUAGUUCAAUACCUAAUAUGUACCAGCUAGGAAUCUAAUGUCUCAGUGUAGCAAAUUUACAUAUUUUCUGAACAUUCAAAGAAAGUAAUAUAUUUUCUAACAAAAAAUGUUUGCUUCAUUCUUUG